AAAGAAUGGAGGCAUGUCGGGCGCCAUCGAGCUGAAACGACCCGUCGGCACUCACUGCCACGGCCCCAAAGCGUCGGCAUGCGAGGAGAGCGUGGACAAGCUGCUGGCCAAGAAGAAACUCUACAUCGCUUCAGCAGUCUGCCUCGUCUUCAUGAUUGGCGAGGUCAUAGGAGGCUACCUGGCCCACAGCCUGGCCAUCAUGACUGAUGCGGCCCACCUUCUGACAGACUUUGGCAGCAUGAUGGUGAGUCUGUUCUCCCUGUGGAUCUCCUCCAGACCGCCCACCAAAACCAUGAACUUUGGUUGGCACAGAUCAGAGAUCCUCGGGGCAUUCAUCUCAGUCAUGUCCAUCUGGAUCGUCACUGGAGCUCUGGUCUACUUGGCCAUUGAGAGGAUCGUACGUAACGACUAUGAGAUUGAUGGACACGUCAUGCUGGUCACCUCUGGCUGUGCUGUCAUCGUCAAUAUUGUCAUGGCGUACAUCCUCCACCAUUCGACCACCUUCCACGCUCACGGCAGCGGUUACCACCAGAUCGACGAGGAUGGUCAGAGCCCCGUGGUUCAUGGCCACUCGCACGCCCUCCUCGGCAGUCAUGGUAACACAAGCGUCCGUGCUGCCUUCAUCCACGUGGUGGGAGACCUGCUGCAGAGUGUCGGCGUCAUGGUGGCGGCGACCAUCAUCUACUUCCGGCCCGAGUAUAAAGUCGCAGACCCCAUCUGCACGUUCCUAUUUUCUGUCUUUGUUCUCUGCACCACUGUCACCAUCCUCAGAGACGUCUUUAGGAUACUCAUGGAAGGGUCCCCUAAAGGAAUCGAGUUUAACUCGGUGAAGGAGGUGCUGCUGUCUGUGAAAGCUGUGAAGUCCAUGCACUGCCUGCACCUCUGGGCUCUGACUCUGGGCCAGGCGCUGGUUUCUGUUCACCUGGCCGUAGAGGAGGGCACUGACCAGCAGUCUGUGCUGCAGGAGGCCACUGACCUACUUCACACCAAGUUUGGUUUCUACAGCAUCACCAUCCAGGUAGAGCUCUACUCUGAAGACAUGAGCUACUGCUCCCACUGCCAGGACCCCAGUGACUGAUAAACAACCAGAGUGGACUGGACCCAGCAGGACAUGGAUGACUAAGACAGAUUGUCAUUCUCUCCUGGUGGUCUGGAGUCAUGAGGGAUGUAUUCACAGAGCAGCUUCCCUUCAAGGAAAGAAUUUUUGGGUUGUUUUUGCCAUUAAGUUUUAAAAGAUUUGACAGUGAAAUCAUCCUUGUGCUGAUAGUAGAGUCCUGAUACCAAAGCUCCAUGCUAACAUGGAAUAUGCCAGUUAAUUCAAAGUCCUUCAAAAAGGGGUGGCAUGCUUUAUUUCCAUCACAAACUGAGACAAUUUCACAAGAAUCACCAGGGUGAAGCUGUCCUUGGGGUUGCUGGUGCUAGCUUGUAAGGAAAUUUUCAAGAAUAAAGGAAAGUAGGGCCCUGAAAAAAAACACAUUUUACCAAAAAUCUGACCUCUUCUAAUUAAUUUCCUCAACAAAACAAAGAUCACAUCACAAUACUAUUUAUUUAAGGACCACUAAUAUCUUAUUUCCAGUAAUAUGGUGCCAGUUCUGCUCUGUUCUACCUUGGU